AUGGCUGCCGACUCCGACGCUGCUGCCCAGCAGCCCAACGGCACCCCGACCGACAACCGGUCUGUCGUUGACGAGCCCACGACUCCCCAGGAGAACGAUGUCCUCGCAUUAAAUUCGUCACAAGUGACCCUGCCGUCAACUGAAGUCCCCGCGUCCCCAAUCGACCCCAAUCAAUCUUUCAAGACCGAAGUCAACGACGACCGGAUGAGCUCCGCCGCUGUCAUUCCCUCUUCCUUAACCCCGCCUCCCUCGUCACAGGUAGUUGCACACACCGGUCAUGGUGCUCUGCAAGCUACUUAUGGCGGUUCACAACGUUCUGCACUCUUCUCGCCGCCUGCUACCGUCCUAAACACAACAGUCCGUAGAGAUGGCGGUCUUGGGUCGGAAUACUUGCCUCCAGCACCCCAGCAGGUUCUUGAAGCGACAGCAGAUGAAUUGCGGGCCAUGAUGCAGACAUGCAUCGACGAGCAUGCCAAGUUGAAGAUGGAGGCUGCACACCACAAGCUACAAUACAAUCUGCUUAGUCUCCAAGCCGACGAAGAUGCCAAGAGAGCUGCCGUCGAGCACGAGAUGACCCGCCGAGAGAUUGAGGCCCUUAGGACGGCAGAGUUUUCGCGGCAGGCUGUCCGGGAGCUGAGCGCCGCCUCUGAAUCGGCCCAGAUCAAGUAUCUCCAGAUGAAGAUGAGCUACGAGGAGGCCAUGGAGGAGAACGAGGCUCUGGCUCGGCGGGUGAAGAUGGCCAAGAAAGUCAUUUCACAAAAAGAAGAGGAGAUUGUGACUCUGGCGGAGGAGCGAGACAUGCUGCUCAACCGUAUUCGAGAGAAUCGGGAACACUUUCACAUGCUCUGCAGUCCGGGCGGCAUCUUUCACGGUGCCAUGACGCCCAAGCAGCAAUCACAUCACCACCCGACCGUCUCAACUCCGCAGCAGGCUCACCGAGCGACUCCCAAGCAGACCCCGCGAUCCGCUAAUCGCGAUGCACGGGUCGACCGGGAUCAUGGCCCCGAGCCCAUUGCGGCUCUGCUGCAGGCUCUCAGCCAGGACAACAACAGCGCGCCGACUACGCCAACUAAGUUGGUCAGACCCGCCCCUCGCAUGCCUCCCAAGCACACCCGAAACACGCAAUCGCUAUCGUCCCUACCUACAACGCCGCUCUCUCGACCCCACCGUCACGAGCAGUCUGGUCUUUUGCCGUCGGUGAAUCUUGUUCCCCAGAGCGAGCCCCGGCACAGGUACAGCAGCAGCAUCCAUGUUGUUCCCGGCACCCCUCCGCCACCACCGCCACCUGUACGAGAGCCUACCCACAAGAGCCGUGAGAGCACCAUUUCAGCCGACGACAACGAGGAGCUGGCUCGCCAGGCCCUCGAAUCAGUGGCAAAGUCUGCAUCAUUCUUGUCUCAAGCAUCGCGCACGAGCUCCCGCGGGUCUCGUCGACCUCUACCUGGAGGUGGCGGCGAGGGGGAGGAAGAGGAAGUGUACGAGAGCCAGGCCAGCCAGGCGGCCUCUGAGAUGCUACGUCGCGACCCCCGCGAGAGCUUCGAGGUUGCGUCUUCGGUGGGCUCACGCGACGUCACCCCGGCGCCGGCGGAGAAGAGCGCCCGACUUCACGCGAAGCUCUUCCCAGGCAUCGCCAAGGGUCACGCAACACCAGACAAGCGCAAGUUCAGCGGCGGAGCAUCAAACGCACAGGAAGCGCUGUCGAACAUUGCCAGCCAGUCGAAGCGGAUGCGCAUGAACGGACCAGUGGAGGAGAAUCCCAAAGUCGGGCUCGGGAUUCAGUACGGUUACAGUUAA